AUGACAAGAAAAUAUUGUUUCAAAGAUUUGGUUCCUUUUGGUGCUAUGGUAACCAUGGAAUGCAUCAACGUUGCUUUGAAUACUCUCUUCAAAGCUGCUACCUUAAAAGGAAUGAGUUACCAUGUUUUUGUUGUUUAUGCUUAUGCUGUUGCUGCUUUUGUUCUUCUUCCUGCACCUUUUAUCUCCAAAAGAUCAAGAGCUCUUCCUCCUUUGAGUAAACCUAUAUUAUACAAAAUCGGUCUUCUUGGGUUGAUAGGAAGUUCAUCUCAGAUAAUGGGUUAUACAGGUAUUAGUUUGAGUUCUCCCACUCUCUCAUCAGCUAUUAGCAACUUGGUGCCAGCUUUUACCUUCUUGCUUGCCAUCAUUUUCAGGAUGGAAAAAGUAGCCAUAAAAAAUUCAAGUAGUCAAGCCAAAGUGUUGGGAACCAUAGUGUCUAUAUCAGGAGCAUUUAUAGUUACACUUUACAUAGGACCACCAAUCAUCAUUGCACAUAGACAUUCACUUUCACUUCAUCAAACUGUUAAAUCUUCAGAUCAAAGUUGGGCUAUUGGGGGCCUUCUGCUUACAGCUGAGUAUAUAUUGGUUCCCAUGUGGUACAUUGUACAGGUUCAAAUUAUGAAGGUGUACCCAGAUGAACUCACAGUGAUCUUCUAUUACAACUUAAGUGUGAGCAUUAUUGCUGCUAUUGUAGGAGUGAUAAGUGAGCCAAAUUCAAGUGCUUGGAAAAUAGGACUCGAUACAUCACUUGCUUCCGUCCUUUGCUCGGGAUUUUUUGGAUCAUUCUUGAACAAUACAGUUCACGCAUAUGUACUGCGUAUAAAGGGAGCUGUAUAUGUUGCAAUGUUCAAACCACUCUCAAUUGUCAUAGCUGUUGCCAUGGGAGUAGUGUUCCUUGGUGAUACUCUCCAUCUUGGAAGUUUAGUUGGAGCCACAGUAAUAUCGAUUGGGUUUUAUACUGUAAUGUGGGGUAAAGCAACGGAAGAAGAGGUGGUUGAAGAUGUCCCUAGCCACGAAACACCAACUACACAGAAUGUUCCUCUCUUGCAAAGCUAUGAAGCUGAUAGAGUUGAAAAGAAAAUGGAUGCAAGUGUAUAA